AUGGGGUCUCGAACCGCCCUCGUCACCGGCGCCACCGGCCUCCUCGGUCGACAGGUUGUCAAGGCCUUUGAGAAGCGCGAGUGGAACGUCAAGGGUACAGGGUUCUCCCGUGCAGACAACGUCUCCGUCUUCAAAGUCGACCUGGGGGACGCAGUCGAGUUGCAGAAGGUGAUAGACGACACCAGCCCCCGAGUCGUGGUCCACUGUGCCGCGCAGAGGUUUCCUGACAAGGUCGACAAGGACCCGGAAGCGAGCAAGGCGCUCAACGUCGAGGCGACGAGGUCUCUUGCCAAGCUGUGCGCCGACCGCUCGGUUCUGCUCAUCUACAUCUCGACCGAGCUACGUCUCUCCGGCAGGAGGGCGAGGCGCCUUACGAGACCGACGCGCAGACUGGGCCCACAACCUGAAGGCCGGCAAGGAGGCCCUCGGCGUCGUGCUCGCGUGCCGGUCCUCUACGGCCAGGCCGACACCCCCGCCGAGAGCGCCACCAAUGUCCUGCUCGACACGCUCUGGAAAUCCCAGGAGGGCGCCAAGGUGAAGAUGGACCACUGGUCGAUCCGCUACCCGACCAACACGGAGGACGUCGGCCGCGUCGCCCACGGUAGGGAACAGGACCCCCCACGCCGAGCAGCGUUGACGACUAACGUGCAGCCUGCAGAUGUUGCUGUCAAGUAUCUCGACACGGAGGAUACGUCGGCCCUCCCUCGCAUCCUCCAGUUCUCCAGCGAGGACAAGAUGACCAAGUACGAGAUUGUGCAGACCUUCGCUGAUAUCAUGGGCUUGUCCAUGGAGAACGUCGAGCCGAACACGGAGGGAAACGAUCCCAACGCCAGCGUCCAGAGACCUUACGACUGCCACUUGAGCACCAAGGCUCUUCAGGACCUCGGGAUCGAGGUGUGGACGAAUGAUUUCGUUGGAUGGUGGCGUCGUGAGGUGCACGCGUUCCGUCACUGA